AUGAUAAGAAUUGUCUUUCCUCUCUCCGGCAACGUCUUCCCUCUCGGAUACUACUCGACCUCUAUUCGAAUAGGAAAUCCUCCAAAGGCCUUUAAUUUUGACGUUGAUACCGGUAGCGAUCUCACUUGGGUUCAGUGCGAUGCUCCUUGCUCUAAAUGCACAUUGCCUCGUCCACUUCAGUACAAGCCUAAGGCAAACAUUGUCCCCUGUUCAGACCCGGCCUGCUCUGCUCUUCACUGGCCUAACAAGCCUCAAUGCCCAAACCCAAAAGAGCAAUGUGACUACGAUGUUGAAUAUGCUGAUCAAGCUUCAUCAUUGGGUGUACUCGUUACCGAUCAGUUUCCUCUGACUCUCUUAAAUGGCACCGUCCUACAGCCCCGCUUGGCAUUCGGGUGCGGUUAUGAUCAGAGUUUCCCUAGUGCUCAUCCUCCGCCUAUGACUGCUGGAGUUUUAGGGCUUGGGAGAGGGAAAGUCAGCAUCUUGACACAGCUUGUCUCGACCGGACUAACGAGAAACGUGAUUGGACAUUGCUUAAGCUCUAAAGGUGGAGGCUUUUUGUUCUUUGGAGACAAUCUCGUACCUUCCAUUGGUGUAGCCUGGACACCAUUACUAUCAACAGACAACCACUACACGACCGGACCAGCCGAGUUUCUCUUCAACGGAAAGCCAACAGGUCUGAAAGGCCUAAAACUCAUCUUUGACAGUGGAAGCUCUUACACUUAUUUCAACACCAAGACAUACCAAACAAUAGUUACACUGAUCGGAAAUGAUCUGAAAGGCAAACCGUUGAAGGAUGCGAAAGAAGAUAAGACUUUACCAGUCUGCUGGAAAGCAGCAAAGCCAUUGAAAUCUCUUGUCGAGGUCAAGAACUUGUUCAAGACCUUAACAAUUACCUUCACGAAUGGAAAAAGAAACGUUCAGCUCCAAAUUCCACCCGAAUCUUAUCUCAUAAUCUCUAAAACUGGAAACGCCUGCCUAGGAAUACUGAAUGGGAGUGAAAUAGGAUUACAAAACUCUAACGUAAUCGGAGAUAUCUUUAUGCAAGGGAUUAUGAUGAUCUAUGACAACGAGAAGCAACAACUUGGAUGGGUUUCAGCAAAUUGCGAUAAGCUUCCCAAAUCAUGA